AUGGGCAUUGUAGCUAUCGUCCUGGCCGUGAGAAACGAUUUGUACCUUGGUACCUUCCCCUUUUACACUGGCUGGAUAACUGGCCACGCAGACUGGCAGCCGGAGGGUGUUGCCUAUGCAGACAUAGUGUCCGGCGGGCCUUUCGACGUAGCAAGAUUUUACUUCACUAAUCGGACGUCGCCCAUCCUCGCACUCGCCAUCUUCGGCCUCUUCGGAAUCACAUCGGAAGCCCGCGCAACGUACUGGCGCAUCAUAUGCACCGUGUGCGGCUGGUUCGGCUGGAAACCCACAUCUCGCACGCGCAGGGCACGUUCGCCGCUGGGAGAGAUCGAGUUUGGCGAGCGUCCUGCUCAGAACUCCAUGUCGCUUGGCCUCGAGUCGAACCCAAGCUACAUCAACCACAACGCCCGCGCGCAAGGUCAGGGCGGUGGAGAAGGCGGUGUCGCAGACGAGGCAGAGAAUGGCUCUGAAAAGGAUGUCAUAGAGGAGGUACGCCAGAGCGCUGCCGAGGAGACGUACGACGAGCGCCCGACGCCGCCUUCCGCGUCUUCCCAGGCUUACUUCGGCGAUCGCGAUGCUUCGGCCUACGCGUAG